GCCAAGGUGCCGGUGCUGCGGGUGCGCGACCAGUGGAUGUGGGUGCUGCCCCGAGCGGUGCUGCCGCUCAUCGUGCACGGCAGAGCGCAGACGCUGCUCGCCCUGGAGCUGGGCCCGGUCGCCGCCUUCGUCUUCUACGCGCUGGCGUUCAUCCUGUUCAGCUCGAGCGCCGUGCAGGCCAUGACGCGCAUGGGCGCCGCGUACGGCUACUUCGACGACACGGCGGCCCGCAACAACGUGCCCGACGCCCAGUCGUGGCGCGUGCUCGGCGGCGUCGCGGCGACGCUGCUCGUGCGCCCGCUGCUCGGCGUUGCCGUCGUGUACCGACAAGGGGCACCCGCGGCAGAGCUCUCGCUGCUCCUGCCGCUGCAGCUCUUCGUGUACAGCUGCGUGCUCGACGCGUGGUACUACGCGUACCACCGCGCGAUGCACGAGGUGCCGUGGCUGUGGCGCUUCCACCGCCUGCACCACGUCGCCAAGCAUCCGACGGUGCUGCUGUCGCCGUUUGCCGACGGCGAGCAGGAGCUCAUGGACAUCCUCGUCAUGCCGCUGCUCGCGUGGGCGUGCUUUCCCGUCAACUUCCCGACGUGGCAUGUGUGCCAGUGCUUCGUCGUCUUCACCGAGCUGGCGGGCCACUCGGGCGUGCGCCUGCACUGGGCGGCGCCCAUGACGGGCGCGGUGCUGCGCGCCUUCGGUCUCGAGCUCGUCGUCGAGGACCACGACAUGCACCACCGCCACGGCUGGCGCACGAGUGCCAACUACGGCAAGCAGACGCGGAUCUACGACACGCUCUUCGGGACGACUCGCCCGCGCGCCGAGGGCACCGACGAGCACGUCGACUGGGCGCGCGCGGUGCCCAUGCUGUGA